AAUGCAACCUGCAUUGUGCAACAUUAUUAGUGGUCCACACACUACUUGCCUGUUAGAUAUUUCCCGUGCAAGCCAUGUCUUCCGACAGGAGAAUAUUAUACGUAGUCUACUGCGGUGUCGCAGUAGCCGUUUUGAAAGAGUUCAAUGCCGUGGUUACUGAGCCGUACAUGGAUGAACCUUUCCAUGUACCGCAGGCAUUGGCCUACUGCAGAGGUGAAUGGUCAACUUGGGACCCAAAGAUUACCACACCACCGGGACUAUACAUGCUCAGUGUAUUGCUGCACCGGGUCUUUAUGUUCAAAUGCAACUUGAAUUUGCUACGCCUCACCAACACCCUUACCCUCUUUGCGUUACCGCUUGUCCUCACGCGAUUGCUGGGGUUCCAUCAGCGACGCCGUUCUCCACCAAAAUUAACACCCUCGAUCGAGGCGCUUGUUCUGUCUAGCUUUCCGAUAGCGUGGUUUUUUGGAUUCCUAUAUUAUACAGAGGCUCCGAGCCUUGUUUCAGUUUUGUGUACCGUAGUCGCUGCGACACAGAAUAAGCACUGGCUUGCUGGUUUGUUAGGAAUUGUGAGCUGCCUCUUCCGUCAAAACAAUGUGAUUUGGGUGCUGUACGCGUAUGCAGCGAGCCAGCUCAUGCGUUUGCGAUUCAAACGCGGAAACGAUAAACUACAUGAUCCCCCCGCCUUGGGCGCUGGGCCAGGUGACUUUAUUCGAUCGAUCAUGAGUGCCCCAAAAGCACUACCUGAGUUACUCCCCGCGUUUGCUCCUUAUGCGGUAGUUCUCGCAUUCUUCGGUGGUUUUGUGAUUUGGAACGAUGGCAUCGUGCUUGUUCCUUCAUUUCACGUGCCACAGCUGUACUACUUUAUUGCGUUUGCAACAAUAAUUGGGUGGCCGGCAGUCCUUUGUGGUGAAGGCGGCCCGUUGAAGAUUGCCACCGAUGUCAUUUCGCGCAUGUUUGGGAGUAAAAGGAGAAUACUUCUGACGGCCAUUAUAUCGAUUUUCAUGGGUAUUACUAUCCAGCAUUUUACUAUUCAUCACCCGUUCCUCCUGUCUGAUAACCGUCAUUUCACCUUCUAUAUCUGGCGUCGAGUAUUCAUGCUGCAUGCGGCAGUACCUUACCUAUUUAUUCCGGGGUACCAGGCAUGCGCCUGGGCGUGGUGGAUUCGUGUUGCCUGUGAUCAAUCGCUUUUGCAAACGUUGGUCCUGCCCGUUUUAAUUUUACCUACACUGCUGCCUACGCCAUUACUGGAACCGCGGUACUUCCUGGUGCCAUAUAUCCUGCUCAGGGCUCAGAUUGUGGAUGUGCAGCCCUACGGUAUUUUUGUCGAGGGCCUUUGGUACAUGGUAAUAAAUGUGGCAACGACGUAUGUGUUUUUGUACAAAGAACGGGUGGGAGUUGGGAGGUUUAUGUGGUGAUGUAUAUAGAGUAAUAAAUGGAGUAAACAGGGGUCACAUAUUUGGACCCAUUGAUGCAAACAAGACCACACG